UUUGGCGUUUUUUCCCCCGCCGAAUAAAGACUGCAGCAACAAACAGAGGAUAAUACAAUAUUGACAAAUUAAAAGAGAACUCUCUCUCUCUCUCUCUCUCUCCAUGCUGAUGAUGAGCUGAUCCACUCACUUCAUUUCAUCCUCAUCUCUUGUUCCUUCCAAUAAUACCACGAAUCGAACCCUAGGAUAGGCUCAUAGGAGGAAGCAGCAGCUGCAGACAAGCAUGGCUACCCAGUCUCCCACUCAAAAUCAAAAUCAAGGUGCUGAAAGUGCGGAACCAGCAGCAAAUGUGGAUCAGCAGGGUGCCACAGAGGAACCUGUCAAACAGAGCUCCACGCCUUUGGUUUUUGUAAAUUCGGAGCCGAUGAGGGAAGAACAAGUUCAGAAUGCUGUGAAAUUUCUGUCACACCCCAAAGUUAAAGGCUCUCCUGUCAUGUACAGGCGAUCCUUUUUGGAAAGGAAGGGCCUUACCAAGGAGGAGAUAGAUGAAGCCUUUCGGCGUGUGCCAGAUUCAGCUCCGACUGUGCAGACAGGUGGUGUCACUCAAGAUGGACAAGUAAAAUCUUCAUCGAACAUUCAACAACAGGCCCAACCACAAGCUUUGCAACCUGGUCUACCUGCCUCUGCUGGAGUUAAUACUUCAUCAGCAACCUUGUCCCGCUCCAGAUUUCACUGGUCCCAUGCCCUUAUUGCAAUUGGAGUAUUGGCUGCUUCAGGUGCUGGAACAGCUAUAGUAGUUAAGAAUUCCAUUCUUCCUCGCUUGAAAUCCUGGAUACGCAAAGUUGUCGUAGAAGAAGAUGAUGAAGAAUUAAAGAAAUUAGACAGAAAACCGACACUGGUGGAGGAAGCUGCACAAGCUGCAAAGUCUGCUGCGGCUGCAGCUGCAGAUGUUGCAAAAGCUAGCCAAGAUAUGCUGAUUUCAAAAGAGGAAGAGAGAAAACACUUUGUGGAAGUUGUGAGUCUUUUAGAUAUGCAAGUACAGGAAAUGAAGUCAAUGACUAAUGCAUUAAGACGAAUAGAAGCACAAGAAGAUCUCCGAGUCACUCAAACUAAUACAAAGCAACUGAUUGUCAAUGGCAAGGCUGAUUAUGACUUGCAUUCAGUGAGAUCUACAUCCCCACCUGUAUCAUACGAACCACCGAGUUCUCUUCAUCCAAAGUCAUAUAUGGAGAUAAUGAACAUGGUUCAAAGAGGGGAGAAGCCUUCAAACACUAGACCUUGGGAGGUUAGUCAGGUUCAGAACUCGUCUACCCAGGUGCCUCAUGCUCAGGGAAAUGGAGAAUACUUGAAUUCAAAGGUCCAAGAUUCCACUCAAUCCAAUGGUGACGGUGAUGAUGCGCUACCCUGGUGGCAGAGGAAAAAUGCUAGAAUCAGAGAAAUUGGUAAUGAAACUGAAUAUAAUGGAAAUGGAUCAAGUUAUGGUGUUGCAUCCAAUCAGCCACCACCCCAACGCACAUGGGUUCCCCCUCAACCUCCCCCCAUAGCAAUGGCAGAGGCUGCAGAAGCAAUCAGGCGCCCGAAGCCAGCGGCCCAAAAGGAUCAGAUGUCGGAUACUCAGUCUGUAGGUAAUUCUUCAGAUGUGUCUGAUGAGGUUACUAGGAUCCCAAGGCGAUCAGAAUCUGAAGGUGCGGUCGAGGGUGGCAGCAGCAGCUCGAUUCCCAGCACAGUUGAGAUACAAGAAGACCAAGAACUCAGACGGGAAUAGAAAUUAAGGCGAAUCAGAAUACACCAUAACAAACUUGAAGCUUGGAAAAUAGAAUUUGGAGUAGUCCUAAAUUAUGGAUAAGCCUGAAACAAUUUAUUUCAUAAUUGCCGAUACAAGAUGCAAACGCAUGGCCUUUUCUAUACCAUAAUAUUUGUACCAAGUGCGAGACGCUUUGAUGUCCUGAUUUUUAGUAGGAUGACACUUUUAAAAUGGAUAUAUAUACAUAUUAAGAAGAAAUAAUAAGUUGGCUGUUAGCAACAUUCGGUUUUCGUA